AUGUUUGGCAUGAUAAUUAACACCCAAAGAGGCCCUCUCAAGGAUAGAUAUGGCAGCCGCAUUGUGUAUGAUUCGGGGCUACAACAUCUUGCUAAGGUGUGUGAGAUUUGGGAUGGGACAAGGUGGCGAUGGCCAAUGGCUAAUUCUUGGGCUUUGGUGGACAUGAAGGAUUCUAUCGACUUUGAUCCAAAGGAGGGCGAGGACAUGGUUGUUUGGAAGCCUAAUGCAUCCGGUAAGUUCUCUAUAAAAUCGGCUUGGGAGGUUACUCGUGUGCACCAACGCCAAGUGGAGUGGCAUCACCUUGUAUGGUUCCCAACAACCAUUCCACGACACUCCAUGAUCACAUGGAUGACAUGUAAGGAUCGGCUUCAGACCAGGGACAAACUGAUGAGAUUACAAAUUGGGAGUGUUUGUGAUGGUCCUAGUAAGGUGGUUUGGCUUACGGGAGGAAUGGAUGGUGGGAAUGGCAGCUUGAUUGGCAUAUUUAUUUUGGAGUUUGUUUGA